AUGGAAACUCAACAUCCAGAAUCACAAUAUUCGCAUACUAGAAGAUUACUUGAGCAAACACAUUAUCAUGAUACAUACCAUCAAUCUGUAGACCCACGUUAUUCUGAUGUUCAAAAUCAGUCCCAUCCAUCAUCAGGCUAUCAACAAUUUUCCUUCGUAGAUCCAAAUAUGCAGCGAAAUUCAGGACAUUCCCAUGAGGUUGCAUCUGUCAAUUUAGAAGAAGCUAAUACUUCAGAUAGACAUUCAUACAGUGCUAGAGACAGGACCAACAUCGGAGACCAAACUGUUUUGUUUGAGCAAGAAAACUUCCCUACAAAUCCAUCAGUUCAUCCGCAUGAGGGUGCUCCAGUGGAACCUGGUGUUGGUUAUCCACCAAUACCUCCAAGUCUUUCCUUAGGGCCACAACAUGAUGCUUCUUUUACUACUUCUGGUCAUGCAGUAGCACCACAUGGAAGGUUUCCUGGACUUGGUCACCCUUCAACAGUUCCACCAAAUGGUACACCCUAUUCCCUUAACACAAUAGCUAUUGUUCAUCCUACUGCAACUUUCUUUGUUGAUGCAUAUGGAAUUUCUGGUGUCCUUGAAUGUCCUAAGAAGGCGUCAGUCCCUACCUGGCUUAGAGAGGAAAUAAAGAAAACAAUCAUGGUCGAAACUCCUUCCAACUAUCGAUAUUUUCAUGAUGAUGUUGAUUUUUCAAUUCCACCGAAACCACCCAAUUCACAAUGGUUGACGGUUUCCAAUGCCACUAUUCAAUUUUACUCAAAACAGUUUGACUACAUUUCAAAAGAGAUACGACUACUACCAAUUUCAGAUCCAUCUAUUAUCUCAACACCAUUUCCAACAACAUUUGUUAGCUCCAAAGACGCGUACGAUUUUUGA